UCUAUUUUCGAGUCGCGCACUGACAGUUGAGGCGAACGCACGUGCGUAUAAGAGGCUGCUACUCUAUCGGUGCCCCGCUACGUGCGGGGCUGCGUGAGGCAGCGCCAGGUCUAUGUGCAUCGCGUGUGCCGCGUAUUUUUGCGGUUCUGUGCGAGAUUUUUGUUAAAAGUGUAAGAUGGAGGUCGAUAAGGAUUGUACAAUGGGCGAUAAGCCACCUAUGAAAAGAAUUGAGGUAAACAAUGCCCCUAUAAAUGCCAAAAACGGACAAGACGUAGUGCAGUGCUACUAUUGUGAUAUUUCAUCUGAAGAAUCAAACUUUUAUGACUGGAUUGGCGAUCAGUCUAUGUGCAAAAACCACAAAUGUGUAUGUGGACAAGUUAGUGCUGUGAAAAUAUUUAUUCAUAGUGAAUUGGAAAGAACCUCGGACGGCUCCGUAGUAUUGAAAACUAGGUAUGUGCACUACCUUACUAAUAUAAAUAAACUUAAACAAGGCAAGGGCCCUCUGUGUGAGUGCUCAGGUCCAUUAUUUGUGCAAGUAAUUCCACAAAAUGAAUUCAUUAUUCGCGAGAGAAUAACAUGUACAUAUUGUAAAAAACUGAGCCGCGUCGAAUUCAGAUGCGACAGCAUAAAACCUAUGGCGAAAAAUCUAGUCGAGGGACCAUGGACAUCAUCAGCUAGAGUGAAAAAUGCAAAACAGAAAUUAUCUGAAGAAAAUCUGAAAAAAUACAAUGAUUCUAGAGGUAUUACUAAGACGGUAACCAUGGAAACCAAUAUGACAACAAAGGAUGUCAUACUGCCUAACGAUAGGAUUGUGCACAAAAACAAAACGCAAUCAAAGACUUAUAAAAAUACUGGAUUGAGCACUGUACCGAAAACUAAUUUAGAAACGAGUAACCCUUUCUCUAUACUGCCGUUGACGGAAGAUGAACACAAUUACGAAUUAGAUGAUACUGUCUCAGUAAUGAGUGAUAAUGGAGCGGUCAAGCGACGCCGUGUUCGAAAACCUCGUAUGUUACCUAUGGCUGGCCCCGAAGCUAACUUACCUAAAGAUGACCCGUGGUGUAACAAUGUGCCUAGACUGCCUAGCGCAGCUCCACAGAAAAUGACUGAGCCUCUUCAGACUACUGACAAGGAGAAAAACACGAAACGUUACCCUCCCUUUGUGUGUGAAUAUGAAGAAUGGAUCACUAAUAAGAAUGAGUGGAAAUCAGCGAAUGAAAUGGCUCGAAGUACUAACUGUGAAAUACGAGCAGACCCAAGGAGUAAGAAAAUUACGUAUUUUCCGAAAAACAGGGAGGCAUAUCAGGCAAUAGACUCUAAGCUGCAGGAAAACCCAAUUAAAUAUAAUUAUUACUCGCACGGCUGCAAGGACGAUCGCCGCCCAGCAAAAAAACUUGUAGCGAAGGGCAUUCAUGCAGAUGGCUAUACAGAGGAUGAGAUCAAAGCAGAUAUUCUUACAAGGUACGGCCUUAAAUUAGAAAGAGUGAUUGUUAUGAAAAAUUCGACUUUAAUUCUCAUUUUUCCUGGGGAGACUGAUAUGAGGGUGGCUCGAGACAUAAAGUAUAUCUUAUGUCAACGGGCAACAUUAGAAAAAUAUAAAGUUCGAGAUACAGCGGUAACUCAGUGCAAAAGGUGCUGGCAAUUUGGCCAUGUACAAUCUCACUGCCGUAGACCUCAACAACAAGAGUCUAUAGAACAACAUGAAAAUGGAGAAGUUUGGCAUGUUUGCUAUAACUGUCACGAAAUUGGGCAUACAGCAAGACAAGCGAAAUGCCCAUUGUUUCAGCUAGAAGUCCAAAAACAAAAGAACAGGCGUCAGGCAUUCGCUAAAAAUAUCCAACAGACGAAACAGCAACCACGUAAACGUGAUUAUGUUAACAAUUCUAAGGUUACAAAGAAUGGCGCUAGUUACGUAUCAGUCGCAGCAGGAAUAACAAACAACCCUGAUACCAUGAGUAAAUCUGGCGAGAGGGAAGAAAGUAAAAUCAAUGCUUCAUCUGAUUUACUCUCCAAGGCUAAGGAUCUCAUGAAGAGUUUACAAGCAAAGGGAUAUCCCGCAGAAACGAUUCUUGAUUUUGUGUUGGAACUCAUCAAUGGAUAAGUUGCCCAACGUGCUACGAAAAAGAAAACAGUGCUUAAGAAUUGUGCACUGUAAUAUUCAAGGCAUUCGAAACAAAUAUAUUGAACUUAAACAGUUGGCGCUAAAACAUGAACCGGAUAUUAUAAUAUUAAAUGAGUGUAAAAUUGACUUCACUAAAAGCAAAUAUAAUAUACCGGGCUUCAAUAAGAUCUAUGAUGCCAGGGCAGCUCAUCUUGUUACGGCUAUGUAUAUAAAACAAGGUCUUCGCUGGAAUCUUACUACGGUAAUCCCAGGAGUGGAAGACGUAGACAGGUGUAUAGAGGGUGUGGCCAUUAGGUUGGAAACAUUAAAUGGUGGUAUAAUUAUACGUGGUCUGUAUAAUCCACAUCUACGCUUUAAUCAAAUCCGAGCAGAUUGGGAAGCAUUAUUGGAAGAUAACACUACUUCAAUUAAUGUUGGAGAUUUGAAUUUGAGGAUACAGGAACUUGGACAUACUCAAACACAGG